CAGGGGUUCUCUUUGGGAAAAGCCAAGAAUGAAGAUGCCAAAGGACACUUUGGAGAUGGACCACAGAUCCAGGAAAAAAGCCACACAGCAGGGGAUGAUCAGAGGAAUGAGGAGGGUGAGGAACUUCAUCAGCAAUUGCCAAAUGAAGUCAAGAAUGAAGAUAUGAGAGGAAACUUAAGGACCCAAGGCAGACCUAAGAGGCAGAAUGGAAGUCACACAACCUAUUCCUUGCCAAGGAAGGGAUUUCCAUGAAGUAAUUCCCAUGGUGUUUGGACUAUGAAUUGAACUUCUCAGAUGAUACUCAAUAUAAUAUCCAUUUGCCAAAUACACAGUGGAAAGGAGAUCCAUCGGUGCUUGGAGUGUAAAAAGAGCUUCCUUUGUACAGAAAACCUUCUUAUACAGCAACAAAUACAUGCAGGAGAGAAACAUAUGUGUUCAGACAGCGGUGAGAGUUACUCACAAAAAUUGGACCUUAUUAAACACCAAAGAAUUCAUUCAGGAGAAAAACCCUUUAUCAGCUCAAAGACUGGAAUGGUGUUCUCUGAUGGAAAAAAGCAUAAUGAACACUUUCUAAAUCACAUAAUAGUGAAGGCAUGUAAAUGCAUUCAGUGUGGAAGGCAAUUUAAAUACAGAUCACAGCUUAUUGUGCACCAAAGGAUACACACGGGGGAGAAACCUUUUGAAUGCUCAGAGUGUGGAACAAGAUUUAGGCGAAGUUGCGAUCUGCAGAGGCAUCAAAGAACACACACAGGGGAGACACCUUUUGAAUGCUCAGAGUGUGGAAAGAGAUUCAGUUCAAGUGGCAGUCUUCAGCAGCAUCUAAGAACCCACAACAGGGAGAAGAAACCUUUUGAAUGUUCAGAGUGUGGAAGGAGAUUCAGCUCAAGAGGCAAUCUUCAACAGCACCUAAGAACCCACACAGGGGAGAAACCUUUUGAAUGCUCAGAAUGUGGAAAGAGAUUCAGUCACAGUCGCAGUCUUCAACAGCAUCUAAGAAUCCACACUGGGGAGAAACCUUUUGAAUGCACUGAAUGUGGAAAGAGAGUGCGUGACAGUAGCAAUUUUCGACAGCAUCAAAGAACCCACACAAAGGAGAAACCUUUUGACUGCUCAGUUUGUGGAAAGAAAUUCAGUCAGCUUGGCAAUCUUCAGCAACAUCAAAGAAACCACACUGGGGAGAAACCUUUUGAGUGCUCAGAGUGUGGGAAGAGAUUCGGUAGGGCUGGCAAUCUUCAACGGCAUCAAGAAACUCACAAAGGUAAGAAACUUUUUGAAUGCUCGGAGUGUGGGAAGAGGUUACGUCAAAGUAGUCAUCUGCAACAGCAUCUAAAAACCCACAAAGGGAAGAAAUGUUUUGAAUGUUCAAAGUGCCAAAAGAAAUUCAGUCGAAAUUAUGACCUUCAAAGGCAUCUAAUAAUCCACACAGCUGAUAAACCUUUUGAAUGCUCAGAGUGCGGAAAGAAAUAUAGUCAGAGUUGUGACCUUCAAAAACAUCUAAGAAUGCACACUGGUGAGAAACGAUUUGAAUGUCCAGAGUGUGGAAAGAGAUUCAGUUGGAGUGGCCAUCUUCAACAGCAUCAAAGAACCCACACAGGGGAGAAACCUUUUGAGUGCUCAGAGUGUGGAAAGAGAUUCAGUCAAAGUGGCAAUCUUCAGCAGCAUCAAAGAACCCACACUGGAGAGAAGCCUUUUGAAUGCUCAGAGUGUGGAAAGAGAUUCAAUCGGAGUGACAAUCUUCAACAGCAUCAAAGAAUCCACAGAGAGGAGAAACUUUUGAAUGCUCAGAAUCUGGAAGGACCUUUUCCUGGAGCAUCACUCUUCAACAGUAUCUAAGAACCCACACUAAGGAAAAACAUUUUGAAUGCACAGAAUGGGGAAAGAAAUCCAUUCCAAGGUGUGAGCUUCAAAAGCAUCUACAAACCCACACAAGGGAGAAUCCUUCUUAAUGCUCAGAGUGUGGGAAGAGAUCCUGUCAGCCUGGCCAUCAUCAAAAGCAUCAAAGAACCCACACAAAGAGAAACCAUGUGACUGCUUAGCUUAUGAAAAGAACUUUUCUCUUAUUUCACACCUAAAAGACAACCACAGAUCAUAGAAAGAAUUGAAACCAUGUAAACUCCUAUAAAGAUCUUGCAUCUGCCCAGAAUCCU